AUGUCGACCAAGUGUGGGGCUUGUGGCAAGGCGGUAUACGCUGCAGAAGAGCGGCGUUUUGGUGACCAGGCUUACCAUCCGCAAUGCUUCAAAUGCAGUAAGUAACAAUAAUUCAGCCUAAUAGUUCUCUUUAAAUGUGCCCUAACUCUCAAUAUGUGUGGAAAAUGACCUACUGCCCAUAAAAAUGUAAACUGCCUUUCCCGGGGUCAAUCUAGAAGUGCUAUGUUGCUCAACUUGCUGCGAAAGAAUCGGAAAAGUAGAUAACAUAAGGAAUAUGUGCCUGUAUUUGUGCGCUGAAAGUACAGCGCUCGUUUUGCCAUAUUUAACUUUCGUUCACAGCAGACUUGCUAACAUUUUGUGUAUAAGUAUCCAGGAAAAGACCAUCUAAAUUUAAAGUCCCUGGCAAAUCUCCUGUUGCUUCGGGAUGCCGAAGUUGAAGAACACUUCGAAUUACGACAUUAAAGUGUCCUAAGGUAGUUUGCCUUGCGAACACUUUCAUUUGAAGCAGGGACCGAUCCACAUCAGCGGUCCCAAUAUCAGUCAUUAUUUUACUUAUUUCAAAAAAUUACAUCCUGAUAUCAGACUAAAUGGUUAUUCGAGUGAAGUGUUGGAUGAGAUUUCAAUUCUGAAAUGGCACAAUAUACACCUACAUAGAUCAACAGAGACGCAAGUACAGAAGAGGCACAUUGUCGAUAAACGCAAACUUGUUAAGUCGACUUUCCCUGUUUUUUUUUUUGUCAAAAUUCUAAAACGGGAACAGUUUGCAGAAUGUUUCGAAAAAGACAGCGAAAAUUCAUAAGGUAACUCUGUGUGAUUGUAAUAAAGUUGGUCGAAGUCGUAUUACCUAUCACGGCCAUAAACGUGGUCUUAAAAGUAGCAGCAAAUUCGUCGUGGUCUACGGAAACCCAGGAUUUGUAUUCAGUAGUGCGCGGCACUUCGAGGCUCCCUGCAUGCGCCACGAAGGAGGGUGUGCUUAUUGAACCGUAUCUACUUCAGCAGUGUUGAUAUACUAUGUUUUAUACCCCUAACAACUUAACUUCGUUUUUGGCAGGUGCCUGCAACAAACCCGUAGACAGCACAACAGGUGCCCAGCACGAAACCACCCUGUACUGCAAGACCUGCCACGGGAGAGAGUUUGGAAUCAAGGGUUACGGUUUUGGUCAGGGCGCUGGCAUCCUGAACACUGAGAAGGCCACCGGGGCAGGUGGAGAGGCACCCAAGCAAGUUCAACUAUUGAACUCUUUAUAGGCAUGAAGCGUCAUUCCCACAUAUUGAAAUUCCUCCCAAGCUGUAUUUCGUUUUGGGUGAAAACUGCCUAAAGAAUGACUCUGCACUAGAUGCCAUCAAUUUUCUCUAUUUCUUGCCUUCCGUAGUGAAGUUUUGACAUUCCCUAAACAAUUUCUCUUUUUUUUCCAGACCAGCCCCCAAAGCCGGCCAGCCACGCACCGUCAGUCCGAAGUCUGGUGGUUGUCCGCGUUGCGGACAGCGCGUUUACGACGCCGAAAAGGCCAUCGGCUGCCCUGGUGAUGUAGGUUCCACCAUGUUGCUCAUUAAUAGGCUGUUCUGUCCCUAUUAUAAGGCGCAGGACCAAUUCACACCCCCGAAGUGAAGAACAUGAUAGCAUACUGUGUGUCACUCUGAGUUUAAGGAUAUUAUAGAUCAGCCAAUUACGGCGAGUAGCGGCUGGAUAUAUACGAAAUGUAAUUCCACUUUUCGUUCAAGAAUUUCGAGUUGUUUAAAUCUUCGCAUACUGUGUUGCCCAAGACAGUCAAAUACAGUGGGACACAUUUUCCUCCAUUAGUCGGAGAAUGAAGAAUGGGUUGGAAAGAGUUUUUCUUGGACUCCUGUUAUUCCUUUUUAAGAGCACGAUAUAUUCUGGUCGGAGCUGUAUGUAGGAGAAAAACCUGUUCGAUAAACGCAGCAAAGAGUCUGACCAUCGUAUAAUAAAUCCGAUUUUGCCAAUCAGCAUUGCUGGGAUCAUUUCAUCCUUCGAGUUUUUGAGGCGAGCACUGUCCUACAAAAUUGCAGCGUCCAUUUCAUGUUACUUCUUACUUCUUAGUAGGUGCCUGUCGCUUACCCGUAGUUACCUAAAUUCUAAUGCUGGAUUCUUUCAGCUGAAAUUCCAUAAACGAUGCUUCCGCUGUAAAGUAUGCUCCAAGUCACUUGAUUCGACCAACAUAUGCACGAAUGAGGACGAAAUUUAUUGCAAAAGUAAGCCCAACUGUAUUCCUGUCUUUUUUAAAAAAAUGCUCACUUGAGAGAUAAACUUCGCGUCAAAUUGACGUUGUAUUCUACGUGCAAGGUCAUUUUGAAGGCGGUACCUUGUAACAGUACACACUUGGACACCCAUGCAUCAUUUUCAUCACGGGAUUUUAACAGACCACUGUAGAAUGAGACGGUCAAAUGUUUUUCGUCCCUCCUCUAUAUAGUAAGGCUAGCAGUUAAUUUUUAAUGUUUCCGAAGCCUGGGGAUGUUUGCUGAUGUAGAAACAUAUAAUUGAUGCUUCUCACCGGACAUCCUUACUUAGAGCGCAGAAUAUAUAAUUUUCGUUAAUUACCUUCUACUAUUCUUUAAGCUUGUUACGGUAAGCAGUUCGGACCCAAAGGAUUCGGUUUCGGCCAGGGUGCCGGCUGCCUGAACAUGGGCUAG